CCAAAAGCAUUGACCUUCAAACCAAAUCAAUUUCUCUCAUCACUCCAAACAAUACUCUACAAUUCUUUCCAUAUAUCUUUUCAAAAUCACAACUUCUCUUCAUUUCUUUUACAUUACAUAACAAAAACACAACCCAACUUCCAAAUUAUACUUGCAACCAAAACCCCAACAUCCAAACCCCAUAAAUGGAGACAAAACAAACACCCAAAAAAGAAGAUGUUUCAUCAGCAACAGCAGUGUUUCUUGGGGCAUUAGCCCCUGGUGUUAAUGGUCCAACUUGGAAUGCAUUAAAAGGGGCAUUUGUGAUGUUGGGUGUUUGUCUUUGUGUUAUGUUGGGCUUGGCUUUCUCAUCUAGUGACUCAACUCUGGUUAUUCAUGUCACUUUUCUUGUUUUGAUCACUGGGACUCUGUUUUUCCUUCUUAGCAGCUUCCUUGCACAGACUGGCUUGGUUUCAGUGGAGGAUCAAAUGCAGGAGAUAGGCUUAUCACCAAACCAAGCCGUGAAAACAAGUGAAAAGAGCGAAUGAAGAUUACAAUCUUUGGCUCAUCAUCAUAACAAAUUUUAAAAGUCUUUUGGUCUUUCAGUGUUAUCAUCUUGAGAAAUUCAACGUAAAUAUUAAACCUUUUAUUUUUGUUGUACUUUCUCUAUACCAAAGUUAUUUGAUUCCUGAUUAUCUGAUGUGUAACUUAAUUGUAUACAUGAUUUAUAUAGAAAUAUUUAUGAUGGCUUCCAAAAAGAUAGAAGCUCUCUAACCUGUUGAUGCAGGUGAGUGAAGCCAUUUGUUAUACGAUAUUUGCAUAGAUUCCAUCAAAUUGCAUGUUAACCAA